GUGGUGAUGGGCGACCAAGAUAAAGAUCAUUAUCAAAUCUUUUCCUGAAACGAUUGACAACUAAGCGGGCCCCACAGCUGCUAUACUAUUUUCCACGCUUCACAACACCACCAUGUUUUCCGUCACCCGGUUUCAGCCAAACCAAAACCAUCGGCGCUUCCCAUGCUAGCAUGCCUCCCAUACUAGUCAAAUAAAUAUAUAUAUACAAAUAAACACACACGUAUAUAUAUAUAUAUAUAACCCCAUCACUUUCAAGAAUACCACCCACUAUCCCUAAACAGAAGUAAUAAGAGCAAUAGUCGGUCGGUGCCUGAAAGAUCACCAUGCCGGCGCUCCAACUGGGCAGCGUAUGGCUCCAGCAACAACGCCUCCUCAAAGACGAUCUCAACACGGCACGCACUACCUCCAACAGCAACAUCAUGCGCGACGCCGUGUCCCGCGCUAUGGUUCGGUACGAGGCCUACUUCCGCGCUCGCGCCGAGACAGUCCGCGCCGACCCUGUCCGGUUCUACUGCGAGCCCUGGGUGACGCCGCUGGAACGUGGCACGCACUGGAUCGCGGGGUGGAGACCGAGCGCGGUGAUCCACCUUCUGUACUCGGAGUCUGGGAUCCGGUUUCAGGCUCAGCUUGAGGAUCUCCUGCUUGGAAUCCAUUCAGGGGAUCUUGGGGAUCUGUCUCCUAGGCAACUGGGGAGGGUGGAUGAGGUGCAGAGGAGGACGAUUGCGGAGGAAGGGGAGAUUGAGGAUGAGCUGAGGGAGUUGCAGGUGGGGCUUGGGGAUUUGUUCCCGGUGACGGAUGCGGAUCUUGUGGAGAAGAUAAGGAAGAUGGAAGAAAUCAUAAGGAGGGCGGAUGGGUUAAGGAUGCGGACGCUCAAGGAUGUUGUGGAUAUUUUGGAGCCGGCGCAGGCGGUGGAUAUUUUGGUGGCGGCGGCGGAUCUGGAGAUUGGGAUGAGGGAGAUUGGGAUGUGCUGGGAGAGGAGCAGGUAAUCAGUGGCUUGUAAUAAGAAUGUUUGGGAGGAGAUUAGUACUGGUUUAAUUUGUUUUGAAAUGUUUUGAGAUGUUUUAUGUUUACAAGUGUGUAGCUGAACUAAACUAAACUUAUGAACUCAACCUAGGAGUGUUUUUGUUUA